CUGUCGCUAGGUGACAACAGCGCUACAUCAGGAAAUUAUACGACUCGCAGUGUCCAAACAUUUUAUUUUAUUAUUUUUAAACAUAAUUUCUUGGGUUACAAACUGAUUCACAAUUGUAUAGAAUUAGCUACUGGUUGCCAAUUUUUAUUCAAGCUACAUAAAACAUUGUGUAGAUAGCUAGUCGUAGCUUAGUAAUGUUAUGAGGGUGAAUGGUCGAUGUUACGGCCUGACAUUAUUAUUGGGUUGAGUCGUGGUUUCAGACGAGAGGGACACACACAUAUAUAUUUACAUUGUUGUCUAAAUUGAAGGACCCAAAUUAGGUAGCUAUUGUGCUAACCCAGGGGCUAACGUAACAAUGCCAGAAGCGAACUGGCUACCAACUAGCUAGCCAAGCGAACGUACAGUAAAUUACCUAGUUAAUGUACUCCGAUAUUUAGCUUCGCUAACUGUUAGCUAGCUAAGGGUUAACCAGAGUACCGUUAGAUAACUAAUGUUAGCUAGCUAACAGUUAGCUGGAUACUUGGUCUCAGGUUGCAAGUACAUUUCUAUUGAGCUACAUUAACGUGAGUUACCCAGAUCUAGGUAACGUUGGUUAUAGUUAGUUUGCUAGUCUAGUUAAACUGCAGUCACACAGGCUACACGUUAGCUGCUAGGUACAUUAAAAAAUAUAUAUUUUCGGGAACGACAAGUUCAUUCAGGGGGUCUGUCAUUGUUUGCCUUUCUAUCUGGGAUUUCACCGAUUUGCUUCCAUCUGUUAAACUGAGGAUUCAAAAAACCUGGUGACUGGUGAAGGUGUGACAUCCUCGCUCAGUGCUAUUCAUCGAGGAGCUGAGAUCUAAUUGAUCUGUUUGGUUGCGGCCGACGGGCUGGCUCCUCCCCCUCCCGGCAGCAGCGUGCGCCCCCCAGCCCGCGCCCUGCGCCCCCCAGCCCGCGCCCCUGCCACCCCCACCAGGUCCUCUAACGCCAUGUGCCUCUCCCACACCAUGGAAGGAGCAUCAGGGAAGAACGGAGCGAGCCAGGCAGGGCUAGGGCUGGGGGGCCAGGCAGGGCUAGGGCUGGGGGGCCAGGCAGGGCUAGGGCUGGGGGGCCAGGCAGGGCUAGGGCUUGGGGCACUGGGCCAGGGCCAGGCAGGGUUAGGACUGGUGGGCCAGGCAGGGUUAGGACUGGUGGGCCAGGCAGGGUUAGGGCUGGGGGGCCAGGCAGGGUUAGGGCUGGGGGGCCAGGCAGGGUUAGGGCUGGGGGGCCAGGCAGGGUUAGGGCUGGGGUUUGGGACAGGCCUGGGGCUGGGGGGCAGGCGGUGUGGAGGGGUGCCUCUAGAACCCUUCGUACACCAGGUGGGAGGACACACCAGUAUGAUGCGCUACGACGACCACACGGUGUGUAAACCACUCAUCACCCGGGAGCAGCGCUUCUACGAGUCCCUGCCGCCUGAGAUGAAGGAGUUCACAGCAGAGUACAAAGGCAUGGUGUUGGUAUGUUUCGAGGGGGACAUAGACGGCUACAUCAACCUGGUGGCGUACCCGUACGUGGAGAGCGAGGGCCUGGACCACGAGGACCUACCGGAGAGGGACCAACCCCGGAGGAAACACUCCCGACGGAGCCUCCUCCGCUCUACCUCCGAGAUCAAGGAGGAGAGGCUACCACACGAGAGCGACAGCACUGAGAAUCUCCAGGAGCUGAAGAGUCCUCGUCUAGAGCUCCAGAUCUACAGUGAUAUUCCCUUCCAGAUGCUGGAUAACAACAGCGGCCUGGGCUCAGAGAAGAUCAGCCACAACCCCUGGAGCCUCCGCUGUCACAGGCAGCAGCUUAGCCGCAUGAGAUCAGAGUCCAAGGACAGGAAGCUCUACAAGUUCCUGCUCCUGGAGAACGUGGUCCAUCACUUCAGCUACCCGUGCAUCCUGGACCUGAAGAUGGGCACGCGGCAGCACGGGGAUGAUGCCUCGGAGGAGAAGGCAGCCAGGCAGAUGAAGAAGUGUGAACAGAGCACCUCCGCCACGCUGGGGGUGCGAGUCUGUGGAAUGCAGGUGUACCAGAUGGAUACGGGCCACUAUCUGUGCAGGAACAAGUACUACGGCCGCAGCCUGUCCAUCGAGGGAUUCCGCCACGCUCUCCACCAAUACCUGCACAACGGGGCGUCGCUCAGGAAGGACCUGUUUGAACCCAUGCUGUGUAAACUACGCAGCCUGAAGGCCGUUCUGGAGAGACAGACCACCUACCGCUUCUAUUCCUCCUCCCUGCUCAUCAUCUAUGAGGGGAAGGAGCCUGAGCUGGCCCACGUCUGGCAGAAAGCACCACGGCUUGUACCACAGCCAACCGCUGAGAUGCCCUCAGAGAAGGAGGAGGUGGUGCUGGUCAACCCAGGAGUAGGAACGGGUGUCCAGGGACCGGGUUUAGUAUUGGGUCUCCAAACGGUCCAGAGACCGACCGAAGAACCCCUCCAGCUCCCCCAGGCUCUCCUACCACCACCACACUGCCCCCCCACCCUUCCACAGCCACAGCAGCCUCCCUCGGACCCUCACGGCCCCCCUCGUCCUCCACCCCGCCCCUCCAGCCCCAGCAUCAGUGUGGACGUCCGCAUGAUAGACUUUGCCCACAGCACCUUCAAAGGUUUCCGUGACGACCAGACGGUGCACGACGGGCCGGACCGAGGCUACGUGUUUGGAUUGGAGAGCCUCAUCAAGAUCCUGGAGGGCAUAAGGGAGGAGAACCUGUAGCGGUAGAACCUGGGACUCAAAUGGUAUCCCCCAUUCCCUUUAUAGUGCACUACUUUUGACCAGGGCCCACUUGUCUCUUUGACCAGGGCCCACUUGUCUCUUUGACCAGGGCCCACUUGUCUCUUUGACCAGGGCCCACUUGUCUCUUUGACCAGGGCCCACUGGGCUCUUUGACCAGGGCCCACAGGGCUCUUUCACCAGGGCCCACAGGGCUCGGGUCAAUAUAAGUGCACUAUGUAGGGCAUAGGGUGCCAUUUGGGAUGUAUCGAUGGCCAUCUUUCAGGAGAAGAGAACCUGUAGCUGUAACCUGACACAUCUUCAUCCUGCGUCUUCAGAUCUUUCCACCCUCCUCAUCCUCCUCCUCUCUCUAAGUGCUACUACCCUGUCCUUCAUGAUUAUAUUUGGAGAAAGAAAGAAAAGCUCAGAAUUAAUAUGAAACGAGAAGAACCUGAGUGAUGAAGUGGAAGGCUACUGUCUUGACUGUAAAGGUUAAAGGUCAUGAACUUAGGCUGUAAAGGUCACUCUCUGUGUUGUGCUCCUUCUAGGGUAGACUCAUGAGAAACGUACAGGGAGCAUCUACAGUCCUGUUAUAUCCUCUGCUAGGGUAGACUCAUGAGAAACGUACAGGGAGCAUCUACAGUCCUGUUAUAUCCUCUCUGCUAGGGUAGACUCAUGAGAAACAUACAGGGAGCAUCUACAGUCCUGUUAUAUCCUCUGCUAGGGUAGACUCAUGAGAAACAUACAGGGAGCAUCUACAGUCCUGUUAUAUCCUCUCUGCUAGGGUAGACUCAUGAGAAACGUACAGGGAGCAUCUACAGUCCUGUUAUAUCCUCUGCUAGGGUAGACUCAUGAGAAACGUACAGGGAGCAUCUACAGUCCUGUUAUAUCCUCUCUGCUAGGGUAGACUCAUGAGAAACGUACAGGGAGCAUCUACAGUCCUGUUAUAUCCUCUCUGCUAGGGUAGACUCAUGAGAAACAUACAGGGAGCAUCUACAGUCCUGUUAUAUCCUCUCUGCUAGGGUAGACUCAUGAGAAAUGUACAGGGAGCAUCUACAGUUCUGUUAUAUCCUCUCCUCCUGGACAGAGAUGGCUGCCAUUCCGCUGAAGGAAAACAGAGGGGCAAUGUCUGUUUGCCUUGUGGGCUUGUCGCCGCUAUGUGGCCAGCUGAAGUAUUGCAGGGUUUGGUUUGAAAGUAAAGCUGCCACUGCUCAGGGCAAGUCCAGGUCCUUGUCCCAAAUGUCAACCUAUUCUCUUUAUAGUGCACUACUUUGGACCAGGGCCCAUAGGGAAACCCAUAAGGCUUUGGUCUAAAGUAGUGAACUAUAUAGGGAAUAUUGCCAUUUUAGCCUGUCUCCGGUGUGGGACUGGUACAGGGAAGAGCGAUCUGUCUAUCUGUGUGUGUUGAGGGUUGGUGGGGACAGUGUGUGGGUGGGGUGGGUUGGGUUGGGUUAGGGUGAGGUCUUGGGGACUUAGCUAAGUCCCUUAUAGCAGUAUUCCUAUCAGGGCUUCAAAAGAAGAGCAGCUUUCUUCCAGGCUGCUGUGAGUGAUGAGAGCUUUACUGUAAAAACAAAGAAGUGGGCUAAACGGGAAAUACUUGUCUCUGCCUCUUGAUUACAAUAAGUAGAAAAAUAAAUACAACCCACGGCUGUGGCUGAAAUAGCACCCUAUUCCCUAUCUAGUGCACUACUUUUCACCAGAGCCCUAUGGAACCUGGUCAUAAGUAGUGACCUACAUGGGGAAUAGUGUGCUAUUAAGGGAUGCAACAUUCAGGCUGAAAUACCACACAGCUCUGUCUGUCUGUCUGUCUGUCUCGGUCUCUGUCUCUGUCUGUCUCUGCGUCUGUCUCUGUCUGUGUCUGUGUCUGUCUGUGUCUGUCUGUCUCUG